AUGUAUAACAAGAUAUACUCUAGGCUUGUCGCCAUCAGCGUCAUGGUGACCUUUGUUCAUGCCCAGUACCCCUUUGAUCUUCCCUAUUUCAUCCCUUGUGAUGGCCCAUGGAACACCGGGCAGGCGUGUCCUGAGGAUUCUCAUUGCUGGAAUAUCAGCUUCGCACCAUGGGCUGGCCCGGACUGGGCACUAUGCCGACCCAACAGUAUGGCGGAAUCGGAUGGAGGAGCCCAGCCCGCCGAACCACCGCCAGCAUCCUUUAUCACGAUCACCGUCGUUGUACCCCUACCUCGAUAG